UAUGAAGAAUUUAAGGCCCAUUAGCGUGGGCUGAGAACGGGUCGGGUUUUGGACCCGGAUCUGGGAGGAAACCCUAAUCGAAAUACCGUGGCCGUAUAUAUAAACUUUGUUAAUGGAGAAUAAAAAACCCUAGUCUUUGCGGAGAGAGAUUCAGCUGCGUUGGGCAAAAUCCCAGACGAAGAACAGUGAUUAGUCUAUUGAUAUUUUGAGCCAUGGCAGGUAAAACUGUGAAAGACGUCUCUCCUCAUGACUUCGUCAAGGCUUAUGCUUCUCAUCUCAAGCGAUCUGGCAAGAUCGAGCUUCCCACAUGGACAGACAUUGUGAAGACCGGAAAGUUGAAGGAGCUUGCACCAUAUGACCCUGAUUGGUACUACAUCAGAGCUGCAUCUAUGGCUAGGAAGGUUUACCUUAGGGGAGGACUUGGUGUUGGUGCUUUCCGUAGAAUCUAUGGUGGCAGCAAGAGGAACGGUAGUCGCCCACCUCACUUUUGCAAAAGCAGCGGUGGGAUUGCCCGUCAUAUCCUCCAGCAGUUGGAGACAAUGAACAUUGUUGAGCUCGACACCAAAGGAGGAAGAAGAAUCACUUCCAGUGGCCAACGGGAUUUGGACCAGGUUGCUGGCCGUAUUGCAGUUGAACCUUGAAGACCUGAAUGUUCUUUUUUUGUUCUUCUACUUUUGAGGCCAUUGUGCUUUUAGUGUUUAUCUUUACUUUUAAGAAAUGUUACCAUUUCAUGCUCAAGACUUGCACUCAUAAUGUUCAGAAAUUUUUAUCUUUUUGGUGAUGGCUUUGAACAUUUAAACUUAUCUGUCUUCUUCCGUAUUUUUUGUGUUCCUCCAAUUUAAGGAUAUGGUUUCUUCA